AUGUCCUUUUCGACGUAUGAAUCCAGAUCAACCUCGACCUCCAUGUCAGACGAAGGUUAUCAUUCCGAUGAGAAGCCAUCGUUCUCCUCUUCAACUGAGCAUCAGGACGAGCCAUGCCCUAUUGUUCACGACACUCACAUUAUUCGCAUCUCAUACACACCUAUCACGCUUGCAUUGACAUCAUCCAUCAUCAUCUUAUCGCUCUACAGCUUAACGACACUUGCAUGGGCGCACACAUUCCCACCCUUUUUUGUCCUGUUCCAUCUCAGUUUCCACGUUACGCACUUGACAGCUCAUAUGUUGCAACGACCUGAUCUGGAGCGAUUAUGUGUGGUGUAUGGGACAUCAUUGUAUUGGACUGGAUGGUUGCUAGGCAUACUUGUUUUCAGCGAGAGAUUGACACUUGAUCCGACCAUCAGCUUAUUUUGGCUCUUGAUGCUCGAACGACGCAAUGCAUGGGGAAUCAUACUAUGGGAAUUCGUAAGCCGUUUGGAAGAACAAGGUGGUUACCAGUUAUUGGCAUAUCGGAUCUGGUCUCUCAUGGGCGCUGGAAGUGCAUGGGGCUUGUUGUAUAUUGCUCUUGCUCGUAUGGAUGGUUUCGCCUUAUUGUAUCUACUCAAACCCACAAGCGUUGCAAAGCUGCUGCUGGUCAGCACAAUGGCUGGUGUAUCCAUGAUCUGCUAUUGGAGCUUUUGGACCUUUCAAUAUCGUGGUGUCAUUUGGCGACGAGAUUUACGUAACGGCGUCGUCGUCUGGUAUAGCGAUGGUGUUGCGCGCGCUGGCAAUGUCGAAUAA